GAACCACCUCAAGAAAAAUUAGCAGGACCUAAAGAAGGAGGGAGCAACGCCAGUAGUGAUGGUUCAAAAGAGAGCAAAGAACAUAAACAACAAGAUAAAGAGCUUAAAGUUAAUCGAACUCAAGAGUCGAUAGAAAAACCACCAAGCGUGGAACCGGCUGGAUAUGACAUGAAAAAUGUGAAGAAAUAUGUCGAAGGGCAAAAUAGUCCAGUCAAAACAGAUCUGAGGUCCGUAAAAGAUUUGAAAUUCGAAUACAAUCCGAAAAAACCGAUCGGAGACGUCAGAAGCAGUACCACACCUGUACAGCUAGCAGAGGAGCAGCGUACUCAGAUGAUUGUAGUCGAUCGUCCUGAAGACCGUGAACUGACCCUCUUGGCGCCAAAUCCUUCAAAGUCACCGAACCCAACUAAAAGUCCGCUGCCUACGAUAUCACUCUACGAUCCACUGUGUGGCGGACAAAAGGUGAAUUUGGAGAAGCCAGUGGAGAAUUCCCCAGCUUGA